AUGGCCGACGCUUCCGCCCUCGAAUCUUGGACCGACACAAUCUACAACCUCAACCGCGGCGAGCUCGACGCCGAGCUAGAGCGCUUAGCCUACAAUCACUUCAAUGUUUGGACACCACUAACCGGCGACUUCUUCCCUCCCGUCAUCCUCAGGCACCUUUUAUCCCAAGAACGACCGAGGGUGGCCGACAUCGCGACAGGAAGCGGUGUCUGGCUGGCCUCCUUGACCGAUAUUCUCCCCCCUCGCUCGGAGCUAGUGGGCUUCGACUUGGACUCCCGGAAAUUCCCUCCCCGGCCGCCGACGCCCCCGAUCCCCCCGCCGCCCGUGUCCCCACCUCUGAAGCCGGAGCAACCAAGUUUGGAUUUCCAAGUGCACAAUGUGCUGACUCCGUUCCCGAAAGACUUGCAGGGAACGUUUGACCUGGUCCACGUUCGACUGCUGGCGUUGGGCUUGAAGACUAAUGACUGGGACGUUGCCGUGAGAAACCUGGCCGACUUACUGAAACCUGGCGGGUGGCUGUUGUGGGAAGAUACGGCAUUCUUAUUCAUCAGAUCGUAUCCGCCUAGUAAAGCAUUCGAUGAGUGGUGGUGGGCUUACAUGCGCCACAGCGCGAAAAUCGGAAGGGACCCUUUCAUGCCUUCCGGACUCUCGCAAAAGUUCGAAAGCGCCGGACUACAAAAUUGCGAACAAAAGAUAUGGAGCACGUGGGCAGCGGACAAGACUCUUCAGAGCCACGCUACCGUGGCUACUCGCUCGCUCAUCAGGCCCUCGCUGGCCGCAGUUGUGCAAGACGGCGGCGCCGAGACGAUCAAGACGACUGAUGACAUUCGAAGGGUCGAGGAGAAUAUGGAGAGGGACAUUGAAGAGAAAGGCGUUCAGCUCGGGCUGGAUUUCUUUUGGAUUUCGGGGCAACGGCCCUUGUAA